AUGUCGGGCCGGUCGGGCCGGGCCGAGACCCGCAGCCGGGCCAAGGAUGCCAUCAAGAAGGUGAUGGCUGCCAUCGAGAAAGUGCGGAAAUGGGAGAAAAAGAUGAAAAUAGCAACCAGAGUUCCCACCAACUCGAGCCCCAGCCCCCAGCAGAGCGAGUCCCUGAGCCCAGCGCACACCUCCGACUUCCGCACAGAUGACUCCCAGCCCCCCACCCUGGGCCAGGAGAUCCUUGAGGAGCCCUCCCUGCCUGCCUCAGAAGUUGCUGAUGAACCUCCCACCCUCACGAAGGAAGAGCCGGUUCCAUUAGAGACACAGAUUGCUGAGGAAGAGGAAGACUCAGGUGCCCCUCCCCUGAAACGCUUCUGUGUGGACCAACCCGCAGUGCCGCAGACAGUGUCGGAAAGCUAGCACCAACCUGGCGCCUUUCGCCUCCUGGCCCCAUGCCUCUAUUUAUUGCAUUCUGGUUCUGGCUGUGCUGUGUUGCUGGGGUGAGGGCAAGCACUGGGGUCCAGAGCCUGCACAUAGAAGCCUUCUGGGCUAGAAGGCUGACAUAGGACUUGGGGUCGUAGUAGCAUCUUCCCGUCCCUGGCACCUGUGUCUGCUUGAUCCUGAGAAGAGGAGCACUCCUGUCCUUUCUGCACCCCAGGUGGCUGGAGCACCAGCCACUUCAGGGUUCAUCUGUCACCUCCAGGUAGUAGUCUCUGCUCCAGAACCUUUGGACCGAGCUGCUGGUGCUUCUACAAGAGGAAAGAGAUGUGGAAGGCACCCUCUAGAGAAGAGAGUGCCCAGGGCUUACUUGAAUGGAGACUGUAGAUUCGUGGACUUUCCCAUAGGGCUAGGGGCCCUGUAGGCUGCUGUUGGAGAAUGCCUGAGUAGACUCUGGAGGGAAGGGAAGGGCUUUUCUCCACACGAGGGAAGAAAAGUCCACGUGUAUUUCUUGCUGUCCUGACACUUCUGCCCAUUUCUGAGGUUAUCCUGCCUCUCAUGGGCUCUCUGGCUGCUGACAGUCCUUUGUCCCCCACUGUAACCAUCCCCUUCCCCCAACACAAACACGCACGCAGCUUUUGCUGUUUCCACCUGGACAUUUCAUCACAUCCCCUGCCUCCCGCCAUGGUCCCCAGCACUCCUGCCACAAACUCUGCCCCAGCGAGAACUUGAGGUUCUGACAACAGUACCCAUCCCCACAGUACUCCUUCAGCUCAGACUUUCUAGAAAGUUCCCUUUUCUUUGAAAUCUGCAUGUGUAAUUGAACCUUGUGAUUUUAUUUUUUGUUUCAAAAAAGUUUAAGAAAAUGGAAAUGGGCAACAGUGAGUGAAGACAUAUUUUAGCACUGAAUAGAAUAUUUUUUAAAAUUAAACUAUUUGAAAUAUGAAAAAAAAAAAAAAAAAGAAUCCUCCUGCUAAUGCAGGGGACACUGGUUCGAUCCCUGCUCCAGGAAGAUCCCACAUGCCGCAGAGUGGCUAAGCCUGUGUGCCACAACUAUUGAGCCUGCACUUUAGAGCCCGUGAGCCACAACUAUUGAGCCCAUGUGCUGCAACUACUAAAGCCCAUGUGCCUAGAGCCCAUGCUCUACAACAAGAGAAGCCACAGCAAUGAGGAGCCCGCACACCACAACAAAGAGUAGCCUCCACUCACCGCAGCUAAAGAAAGCCCGCACACAGCAAAAAAAAAAGACCCAACACAGCCAAUUA